CUUUGCCAUAAAACACUAAAUAACACGACUAUAUUAGCAAUCCACUUAGUAGCGAUUCUGAAAUGCGCCUGAACUUAAACCGUUUAGUAAAACAAAUAGGCACAAUGCUAGAGGCAGCGGUGAACGAGUACAGUUUUCCUGCAAACUACCGGCCGAAACUCCUGGUGACCAGCAGUGACGUACCGGUAAGCUACAUAGAUUUGCUCAGACGCAAAUGCGAUGUCUCCGUGUGUGAUGGAACUACUCGAGAAGAAAUAUUACGUGCGAGUCCGGGAGCUGAAGGAAUAUUGUGGCUGACAGCCGACAGACUAGAUGGCGAAGUGCUGGACCUAGCGGGUCCUCAGCUGAAGGUGGUUUCCACUAUGACGUCUGGCAUGGAUUAUGUGGAUGCAGCAGCGUUCAGACAGCGCAAAGUCGCACUAGGGAAUACUCCACAAGUGGUAAACGACCCAGUUGCGGAUAUUGCGAUAGGUUUGAUGAUUGCUGCAGCCAGGCGGUUUCAUGAAGGUCGAAUAAAGAUAUUGAAUUCUGCGUGGGAACAGCGACCACAGUGGAUGCUAGGUCAAGAUGUUCCCGGUUCGACGGUGGGAAUAGUGGGGUUUGGUGGUAUUGGACAAACAAUUGCCAAAAGAUUGAACGGAUUUGAUGUUGGUCGAUUGUUAUACACCGGACCUAGAAUCAAGUCAGAAGCCGAACGGUUCAAAGCACAGUUUGUCACGUUCAACGAACUGCUUAAAGAAAGUGAUUUCGUUUUUAUCGCGUGUCCUAUGACUAAUGAAACAAAAGCCAUAUUUAACAAAGAAGCGUUCAGUAUAAUGAAGCAAUCGAGUGUUCUAAUCAAUGUGGCUCGCGGUGGAAUUGUCGAUCAACCAGCGCUAGUAGAAGCACUAAAAAAUGGUGACAUUUUUGCAGCAGGACUGGAUGUCAUGACUCCAGAGCCAUUGUCUCCCACUGAUCCAAUUAUGGAUUUACCAAAUUGCAUUACCGUUCCGCAUCUGGGAACUGCUACUAGAAAAAGUCUCGAGGAAAUGUUCUGUAUAACCGCCCGUAACGUGUUGGCUGUUCUGGCAGAACAAAAACCUGUUGCUUCUUUCAUUUAAUGUUUUAAAAUCAUUGAUAAAUUUUACAAACUAUUACUUUUAUUUGCCUUUUAAAAAUAAAAACCAACCUUUUCUAACUCCACCGAUAAUGAGCAUAAGCACGAUUUGCUUCGC